AUGUCCUAUUGGUCACUACAGUCGACAAUUGUACUUCUGGACCCCAACGGUAAGCACGGCUACGGUGUACCCAGGCGUUGCAGUGAGAGCAGUCGCUUCAAGCUGCCGCCGGUGCUGUUUUUUGCCGGCGUGGGUGACUCACUCCAGCGGAAGACCACACCUCUGCGGAUGCGCGCGGAAGAAGCGCAGAGCGCACGCAAGCCGGCCAACAAUCGCCAGUAG